AUGCCCCACAGCCAGCCUCUGCCACCCUCUGCGGGGACCGAGAGCACAGCCCGCAGUCACAGGGCCAGGGGUGAGGGACCCCUGCAGCGUCUGCCCAUCCCCAUUCCCAACCCCAACCCCCAGGGUGAUCCGCUCCUCACAGCGCGUGACCGUCUCUUCCACGUGCUUUUCUUCAACAUGGCGCUGAUUUAUUCACGCCUCUUCCCGCCUACCUUCCGCCGAGUAUUCGAGUUCUUCGUGCUUCUUAAAGCGCUUUUUGUGCUCUUCAUCCUGGCCUAUGUCCACACGGCCUUCUCUCCCGAGCCUAUUAACUGCUCUCAGUACAGGUGGAGUGACGAUCCCGGGUCUGGCCUCCUCCAAGUGGAAAUCGAGCAGAAUGCUGGCCCAGCUGGCGUCCCCUCACACCUAGUCAUUGAGGCCAAGGAGGAGAUGAAGGUGGAGAUGUCUGAGGAAAACGCGGGCAAGUUGGAGCUGGAUGUCCAGCUGAAAGUGAUCCUAAAGCCCUCUGGCGUGGCUGGCCCAGAAAGCUCGACCCAAGUGACCCAGAACAAAAGCCAGAAUCUCUCCCUCCCCAAAGCGAGGGCUACUGGGUUGCAGCCCCUGAUGAAGACUGUGCCCCUUCUUGAGGUGAUGGCCAGAGAAGCAUGGCCACAGGGAAAGUAUAGGGUGCAGUAUUCCCUACGGUACGGGUUAUUGCUGCCUUCAUCCCAGAAAACCACACAGGGCCGCAGCCUUCCAGCUAUGGUGGUAAAGUUGAAUCCCAAGAGGCACCUCUGCUUUGCUGAGCAGAUUCGAAGUUUGGUGCUGGGUAAAUUUCUGAACUAUGUCAAUCUGCAUAUGUCCAAUGUGAAAGCCCUGGGUGAGAAUGAAGAGAGCAGAAGUUUCCUCAGUAGCGUUUUCUCUGAGGAGCUCUAUCGUUUUGUUAGCAUAUGGUUGGCAAGGACUUGCUACCUUACUGCUUUUGUCAUCAUGCUCAUCUUUACACUUUCUGUCUCAGUGCUCUUGAGGUAUUCGCAUUACCAGAUUUUCAUUUUCAUUGUGGACCUCUUACAGAUGUUGGAGAUGAACAUGACAAUUGCCUUCCCUGCUGCACCAUUGCUCACAGUCAUCUUGGCCCUUGUCAGUAUGGAAGCAGUCAUGUCUGAAUUCUUCAAUGACACCACGACUGCCUUCUACAUCAUCCUCAUUGUGUGGCUUGCUGACCAGUAUGAUGCCAUCUGCUGCCAUACCAACACCAGUAAGAGGCACUGGUUGAGGUUUUUUUACUUGUAUCACUUUGCUUUCUAUGCCUAUCACUACCGAUUUAAUGGACAGUACAGUAGCCUCGCUCUGGUCACCUCCUGGCUUUUUAUCCAACAUUCUAUGAUCUACUUUUUCCACCACUAUGAGUUGCCAGCCAUUCUACAGCAGGUGCACAUGCAGGAGAGGUUACUGUCGAAUGAAGAGGUUGCUCAGGGCCCACAGGGCCUCACAGGGCAAUCUCAGCAGUAA